CUCUCUCUCUCUCUCUCUCUUCUUUUGAUUAUUGUUCUGUGAUUAUCAAGCUGCUGUGUAGAAUACAGAAUUAGCGCAUUGGCGUCCACUCUGUACAGUACAUUAGCUCCAAGCUUUAUUAACCACAAUAAGGCACUAAUUUUAAUUGAAUGAAUCAUAAAAUACCUCACAUCCUCAUUAAAUUAUUAUAUAGUAUAUAAUCACGCCCAAGUUGGAAUAAUCUGCGGUACUGUGUUUUCAGUGGGGGGCGUCUGCCCAUUAACCCACGCAAAUGAGAUUGAUUGAUCCUCGACGCUUUUUCCUUUCUCCCUGCUCAAUGUGGGCAUUGAGGCUGGAAACCAUCUCCUCAGCCGCUGACAGGAGCUGCUAAUACCCCGAUGUAAUCAGCUGCCCGCGACCACGCUCCCGACCAUGGAUCUGGGAAUUCUCGCUGUGACCGCCGCGCUUUUCGCCGCGAUUAGCGACGGCUCUCACUCCAGCAGCGUCCCCUCGUUCCUCCUGCCGUUCACCGACUGCGUCCACAGCCGCGGCAGAGACGGCUUCUACCGGGGAGCGAUAGACGUCACCGAGUCCGGCGCGCGGUGCAUGAACUGGACCGAGGUGGCCGGCUUCAGGGAGCGCUACCCGGGCAAAGGCAUAGGCGAUCACAACCACUGCCGCAACCCGGACGGCAGGAUCCGACCCUGGUGCUUUUUCCGGAACCACAGAGGCAGAGUGGACUGGGGCUACUGCGACUGUAAACAAGGUUCCGUGCAUCUGCAGGGGGGCCGCUCCAAGCUGGACGGCAGGGUGGAGGUCUAUCUGGGGGGAGCGUGGGGGUCCGUGUGCGGCGACGACUGGGGGGACGAGGACGCUGCAGUGGUGUGCAGACAGCUGGGCAAGGGGAUCUCGGGUCGUGCACGAGCAGUUGCCCUUUCUCGUCCCGGCUUGGCCAAGCUCCACUGGAGAGCAGUCCACUGCCAGGGAGAGGAGCCAGACUUGCUCCAGUGUCCCAAGACUACCUGGAACGGAGGGGAGUGCUCUCUGGUUGCAGCCGUGACCUGCGUCCAACAGCAAGCAGCAGUGGCGCUUCCUGUCCGCCUGGUGGGGGGCCGGUCGGGGUCCGAGGGCAGAGUGGAGGUCUUCCACGCAGGCCAGUGGGGCUCCAUAUGUGACGACCAGUGGGACGACAGCGACGCCGAGGUGGUUUGCCGACAGCUGGGGCUGAGCGGCGCGGCGAGGGCGUGGGGCCGAGCGCACUUCGGCAAGGCAGCGGGCCGCGUGUGGCUGGACGAGGUGCGCUGCACCGGCAACGAGCUCACGCUGGAGCAGUGUCCCAAAAGCGGCUGGGGGGAGCACAACUGCCUGCACGCCGAGGACGCGGGCGUGUCCUGCAGCCCCCUCGCAGAUGGUUCGGUCCGUCUGGCUGGGGGCUCCUGGAGCCACGAGGGGCGUCUGGAGGUCUUCUACCACGGCCAGUGGGGCACGGUGUGCGACGAUGGCUGGACGGACGCUAACACCCGAGUGGUGUGUCGGCAGCUCGGCCUCAGGCCGGGCUCCGCUCUGCCCUCCGAAGGCCCGGACGCCGGCUCGGCCCCGCGCUUCGGCGUCGGGUCGGGCCCCGUGCUCCUGGACGACGUGAGCUGCACGGGGAAGGAGCCGAGCCUGUCGCUGUGCAAGAGGAGGGAGUGGACGCGCCACGACUGCACCCACCACGAAGACGUGAACAUCAUAUGCAGCGCUGAGCUCCACGAAGACAGCCUUCCGACCAGUGUGCCGGUGAGGCUUGUGGGAGGGGAGAGCCCCAAGGAGGGCCGGGUGGAGCUCUAUCUGUCCGGUCAGUGGGGGACGGUGUGUGACGACGGAUGGACCGACCGCGACGCUGAGGUGGUUUGUCGACAGCUCGGCUACAGCGGGGAGGCAAAGGCCCGCGUCAUGGCGUACUUCGGCGAAGGCACGGGGCCCAUCCACGCGGACAACGUCAAGUGCAGCGGCCACGAGCUAACGCUAGCCGACUGCAUCAAGCAGGCGCCCGGCACGCACAACUGCCGCCACAGCGAGGACGCCGGGGUCAUCUGUGACUACGGCGCGUCCCAGGCCAGCCACCGAGAGGUCAAAGACCCUGUCAGCUCCAUCUGUGGACUGCGGCUCGUACACACUCGCCAGCGGCGGAUCAUAGGAGGAGAAAACUCUUUGAGGGGCGGCUGGCCGUGGCAGGCGGCCAUUCGUUUGCGAGGCUCUCGCGGAGACGGGAGGCUGGUGUGUGGAGCGACUCUCAUCGACACCUGCUGGGUUCUCACCUCAGCUCACUGCUUUAAGAGGUACGGCAACAACACCAAGCACUACAAAGUGCGCGUGGGCGACUUCCACGCCCUCGUCCCCGAGGAGCACGAAGAGGAGUACGGCGUGGAGCAGCUCGUCCUCCACCCCAGCUACCGGUCCCACAGCAACGACUACGACCUGGCGCUGGUGCGCCUGGCGCCGGGGGCGGUGGGCCCGGCGCCGGGGGAGUGCGUGUCAUUCAGCCGCCACGUCCUUCCGGCCUGUCUGCCCACGAGGAAGGAGCGGGUCCUCAAACAAGCCAGCAACUGUCACAUCACCGGCUGGGGCGACACAGGCCGCUCCUACUCCAAGACCCUGCAGCAGGCGCCCCUCCACCUCCUGCCCCGCCGCCACUGCCAGCAUCACUUCCACGGCGCCUUCACCUCCCGGAUGCUCUGCGCCGGCAGCCUCCAGCCGGAGCGGAGGGUGGACAGUUGCCGGGGCGACAGCGGGGGGCCGCUGGUGUGCGAGCGCCCGGGCGGCGGCUGGGUGCUGUACGGGGUCACGUCCUGGGGCCACGCCUGCAGAACGCAGCAGUCGCCGGGAGUCUACACCAAAGUGUCGGCGUUCACCUCCUGGAUACACAAGGUGAUCGGACGGGAUCAGAAGGCGCGGUGAAGCCGCUCCACCGGCUCGUUGCGACUGGUCGGGAACGGCGGGGGCAAUAAUACUGCAGUCACUGAUCCAGGGAUCCUGGUGAAAAGGCAGCGCUGGACUUUUACUCCUGGAAGCGUUUCACACAGGUCGAAAGGUCACUAGCACUUCUUUAAAUCGACUUUUGUGUAUUUGUGUAUCAAUCAUCAACACAAAAGCUGAACUUCAAUAUCUCAUUGAUGUUUUUAUGAUGAGCACAAAUGCUGUGCUAUGCGUUUUUCUCAGCAAUGUUUUCUGUUGUUAGUGUUUCAUUUUAAAUUAUGAUAAACAAAUGUGAGCAGUGUUGAAACGGGACCACAUUUAUGUGAUAAACAAGCAUGCCCUUCAUUUCCAGGGAGUUAUAGCCUGGUGUGAAUGUCCGUGCACAGAGCCUCGCUGUUUGGUACUUAACGCAUCAACUUAAUCGACAUUAUGACUUGUGCCAAAGUGACUUCUUUCUUCUUCCUGUUUGUGCUUGUUUUCUUAACCUUUGUCCAUUGUGCUGUAUACUCAUGUUGUGUAUGAAGCAUGUACUGUACGUCUUAGUGGUUACUCAGGCAUUUGCAGUUCAUUUUUGAUCUAAUCACUAUUGUCCCAGUUACCAGUCGGGGCAGAUUUUACAAGAAGACAAUCUGGAACACUUGAUGAAAUAGACACUACAUUGACUUUUCAUUGGGCUUUUACAGAUUGUGUUGUACAGUAUGUUAAUGCGCUGUAACACGUCUCCAUAAACUGAGAUUUUGUAAGAAAGCGUGAUUUUGUGAUGAGUCAUGACACUCCUAUAAAUAGACUUGUCGUCCAGACGUCUCGGCACACCUUUCCAGCUGUCAGCAGCUGGACGGGCACAGCUCCUUCAGGUUUCUCUCGCUGCACGCACGCACUCCCACCAUCAGCGUCACUGGUAUGUCACACAGUGUCCACAGGAAUGGCAGACAUUUUCCGACUUGUCCUCAUUUACAGGGCAAACACGAUUAGUGGAGGGGGACCAACAACAGCAGGAGCCUUUCGUUUUCAUCUACAUGUUUUAAAAUAUGAUUUACUCUUUACCCCUGUAUGUCUAAACAUUGCCUCCUAUGCAAAAGCGUCUCUUCACAGGAUUUAAUUUGAAUGUAAAUUUAAUCAGCAGUGUUGCACAGUUGUAGUGUAUUUUAGCCGUGUUGAGUGUCAAGUCUAGACGUCUGAACUCUAACCGGGUAAAUUAACCGAGGGCGCCCCCUUGUGGUCAUUGUUUCACUUUACAAGGCAAAUGCUGACAAUUUAAAUAAAGAAAUAUCUAGAGGAAA